AUCUUACUUCAGUUUAUAACUUGCGCUUAGAACGGUGUGAACGGAAUUUUUGUGAACUGGAACAAUUUCGAUUCCAUAAAUAUAGUGUUUAAGAUUAAAAUGUGCUUAAAUUGAAACCAAAGACAUGCAGCUAAUAUACCAAAGUUUUUGUGCCAUUUCAAUUGUUUUGAUCGUCGUCGAUCAUGUGCAAUUGGUGUAUCAACCAGACCAAAACAAUUUCAUUGAUGUUGAUGCGUCGCCAAGAUCGGAAUGUCCGUCAGGUUACACUGGCCUAGUGGCAUAUGCGAUGGAUUGUCGUCAAUAUUUAAAUUGUUGGCGAGGUCGAGGAACGGUUCAAAGUUGUCCGCCGGGUACAAUGUUCAAUCUCGACACCAAAGAAUGUGAUAAUCCGGCGAAAGUAAAGUGUACACCAUACCAAGGACGGUCAUCGUAUCGUGAUCAACGGCAAUUGCCGAAUUUGAAUCAACGAACCUCACAACGACAAGAGUUGGCACCGCUCGAAUGUGAAGACGGUGCCAGUGGUUUAUUCGCAAAUCCGUAUGAUUGUACGAAAUUUUUGAAUUGUGACAAUGGUCGUACGUUUCAUCAAAAUUGUGGACCAGGAACUGCAUUCAAUGAUGUGUUCAAAGUAUGCGAUUGGCCACACAAGGUCGAUUGUGGUACAAGACCAUUUAAUGGAAAUUCAUACACAAAUGUGAACACAAACACCAACUCAAAUUCGAAUCAAAAUACAUAUGACAAUGGAAAUUCGUACACAAACAACGGAGUUCAUUCACAAAAUAAUGGAGAACCAUUUUAUGGUGAAGGAUUGUUAGAUAUUCGUAUGGAUGUGUCAUCGUCGAAUUUAAAACCACUCAUUCGAAAUCCAGAAAAUCGGCCACAAUUUGCCGGUGGACACCAACCACAAAGUAAUAACAACGGUAUAAAUUCUCUUCAUUCAUUUUCAUCAACAUCGAGUAAUCAAUCAUUCAUCAUCGAUCAAACGACCGAUCAAACGACCGAUCAAAUACCACAAGAAUCGGUACCCGAUACACAAAUCGUACAAAUUCCAAGCCAAAAUCUGCUUCCACCGGUGCAAGACAACAAUCGAAAUGGACGUGUUGAUGAGAUUUUUCAAGGUACACAACGAAUUGAUUCACGAUUGGAUUGGUCCGAAUCGAAUGCUGUCGAUACAAACGGCGUUCGACCAACGAAACCAAGUGUCGAUGAUACAUUUUUAACGCAACAAAAACCACAACAACAAUUUCCUGAAUUGAAUUUUAUGUCAACACGAGUUGCUAACGAUUUUACGAGAUAUUUUUCGAAUUCACAAGCGAAAACAACGACAUCACCACCAGCCAUUCCAACCACUGUUCACCAAACGACGCAGCCAACAACCAAAGUUUAUAGCAUUUAUCCAAGUGGUUUUGAAACAAUUGGAUCGAAAUGUGAAGAGGAUCGAUCUGGUUUACAUGCACAUCCGUAUGAUUGUUCGCGUUAUGUUAGCUGUGAAAAUGGUCGAAUCACAGUUCAAAGCUGCCCCGUUGGAUUGAUGUUUAGUCCAAAAUUGAAGAUAUGCGAUUUCGCAAAAAAUGUUGGAAAUUGUGCCCCGUCAAUGCCGCUUCCAACCGAAGUACAACAACCGGAAAAUCCACAGUUAACAAUCAAUGAAAGUCCAUCAUAUGGUCUGCCCGAUGAUAAAAUCAAUGAAAUCUAUGGCGAAAAUAGUGGAGCCACACAACUUUGGCAAACGACACAAUCAACACCAAUAAUGCCGACGUCAUUCCCCAUUCCGAAUAUGUCGGUUUUGCCAUUAGAAUCCGGACAAUUUCCAAAAAAUACAUACUCCGAAGAACCCAAAUAUCCAAGCACUGGCUUUGGGAAGCCAUCUCAAGGUGGUGACAUCCAACCUGAAUCAUUUGACUCUCAAAACCAUCAAUUUGGAAACCCACAAAGUCGUCUCGGCGAAGAAUCGCUGCUGUCGAAUCGCGAUGGAAAACAAUUGGUCCGACCAACCGAAGCGAGUAAAAAGAAUGUAAUGAGAAUACCAAGUGGUCAUGAACAUGUUAUGCCAAUUUACAAUCGACCCGCAAGAGUUCAACCAACAACAACCACAACUCAACAACCAUCAUUAUCACAAAAUUACAAUCACAUUUACUAUCAACCGUUUACAAAACCGUUGAAUGAAACAACCGAAAAAGACGAAACCGAUUAUAUUCCAGUUAGUGAUGCAUUGAAGUACUUAUUGCGACCGUAUUUAUCGCGAAAUGACACAAAUGACACGGAUCAAAUGCAAAGAAUUGAAAGUAAACUUCUUGAUAUGAUUGAUGGCAAAGGUCAAAAUCAUGGCAAAGCAUUGGAACAAGAUAGUUUGGCGAGCGCAUUUUUGAAUGAUAAUAUUUCGGUGAAAAAUUUACCAGAAUCACCACAAACUGAACUAAGACCCGAUGUUGAAUUUGUUCGAUCGACGACGGAAAGAAGACAUGUGGAAGAUACACCCACUCCGAAAAUCAACCAUGAAUCACCUACAUAUAAUCAUAAUUCAUAUCAUUCAUCACAUUUACCACCAAACGAUUACAAACAUACACUCGAAACACAUCCAAAUCCGAACAUAAAUCAACCGACGUAUUAUAAACCGGGUACUAAUGACCCCGUUACGAUUAAUUUUGCAGGAGCACAUACACAGUCACAUCCAGUUUAUGGAUACCACCAUAAUGUACCAUCAUCUCAUGGUCCAUCACCACAAUUGCAUUCGAGUCAUCACCAUAAUGUGCAUCAUCCAAAUCAUUUCGGUCCAAAUUAUCAUUCGAACGCACCUAAUUUUGGCUGGGCAUCGAAUCAACGACAUACUGAAUCGACAACCAUACCAACCGCAUCGGCACCAUCACCAAAUUCAGUUUUUAAUCAAGAAAAACCGACGACAACCAGCCGAUUUGGGAAAUCACAAUAUGUAGAGGUGACGACGUGCGAUGGACAAUUCGAUUGCGGAACAGGAUUUUGCAUUCCAUUUAGUCAGCUCUGCGAUGGUAGAAACGACUGUGGAAAUCGCUACGAUGAAUCAAAUUGUCCACACGUAAAUUAUCAAGUUCGAUUGUCCAAUGACAAAGGUCAUAAGCAUAUGGGUCGAGUUGAGGUGAGAGCAUUCGGUAAAUGGGGUUACGUUUGUGACGACCGAUUUACAUUGAAUAAUGCAAACGUCGUGUGUCGCGAGCUUGGAUUCAAUAUGGGUGCAGCUGAAGUGAAACCAAAUUCCUACUUCCCACCAAAUGCAAAUAUGCCAAUCGGCGAUGGUAUGUUUACAAUGGACGAAGUGAGCUGUCAAGGAAAUGAAACGUCGUUGAAAGAGUGUGAAUUUGCUGGUUGGGGUGUAAGCGAUUGUAGUCCGGAAGAGGUGGUCGGUGUUGUGUGCAAAGUAACCGUUAUGCAAUGUCCACCAAACCACUGGCUUUGCCAAGAAUCUGAAGAGUGUAUUCCGAUGGAGUUCAUGUGUGACACAAUCAAAGAUUGUACCGAUGGAACGGAUGAAAGUCCGAUGCAUUGCAAUGCCAAAAUCGAGUACCGAUUGAUGGACGGAACUGAAAUGGAGGGUCGCGUUGAAGUGAAAUAUCGUGGAGUGUGGGGUACAGUGUGUGACGAUGACUUUGGAGAUCAAGAAGCCGCUGUACUUUGUAACUCGCUUGGACUCACUGGACCAGCUUCGGUGGUCAACAAACGGUACGGAAUGAGCACAGGACCGAUUUGGUUGGAUCAAGUCGAUUGUCUUGGCAACGAAACCGCCUUGGAUGAAUGUAUGCAUUUCGAUUGGAGUGAAAGUAAUUGCAAUCAUACAGAAGACGUUAGUGUCAGAUGUUCACGUGGUACGGAAAGUAAAAGCGGUCGUUACACUUCUCCCGACAAUACUCUACAACGAUUGACCAAUCGUCAAACACACGAAUACCUACGUGAAGUGCCGCGCACUAGCAAGAGCAUACCGGACUUUUCAAAUGUGUGUGGUCGCGUAAAAGUGACAGAGACGGAUGAGAGUGAGGAAAGUUUCGAUCGGUUCCGUGUGAUAAGUGGUACAAGAACAAAACGUGGCCAUCAUCCAUGGCAAGCAACAAUUCGAGCUCGUGGUCGAAAUGGUCGUUCAUCGCAUUGGUGUGGGGCGGUGAUCAUUUCGCGUACUCAUAUACUAACGGCUGCACAUUGUUUGAUUGGUUUUUCAAAAGGUUCUUACUUCAUUCGAUUGGGCGAUCAUCAUUCCGAAAUUCGAGAAGAUUCUGAGGUCGAAAUUUUCAUUGAAAAUUGGCACAUUCACGAAGAUUUCCGUAAAGAACAACAGCAGAACAAUGAUAUCGCUUUGAUUUUAUUGAAAUCUCCAAUUCAAUUCACCAACUACAUUCAACCCAUCUGCUUGCCGACAGCACAAACCGAUUAUAUGGCUGGUAAAAAUUGCACCAUCUCAGGAUGGGGAUCGAUUCAAUAUGGAAAAUCAACUCCAUCACUCGACUUGAAAGCAGCCACAGUGCCAAUUAUUGCACAGGAAGUCUGCCGACGAAAGGAGAUUUACGGUAAUGAAAUUAUGGACACAAUGUUCUGUGCAGGUUACUUAGAUCGGUCGGGCGUUGAUGCAUGCGACGGUGAUAGUGGAGGACCACUUGUAUGCGCCGAUGAAAAUGGUGUUAAUUCAUUGUACGGCAUCAUUUCAUGGGGUCUACGGUGUGGUGAUUCAAAUAAGCCCGGUGUUUAUGUCAAUGUUAAACAGUACUUGGGCUGGAUUAAAGAAAAAAUGAAUCUGUUGUAAUUUUGUAGCAAUUAGUGUAACUUAAAAUACUCAUUUUUUUGCAAAAAAAGAAGCUUUUGUUAAUAAAUGGUUUUCCAUUUCGAUUGAA